AUGUGGUCUACCGCCGCUUCCUGGGUCGCCCUGCUUGCGUUGACCGCGGCCCUCACCCGAUACUAUAACCCAGACCUGUUCAACAAACUCACCGGCCAGGCGUUCACGCGAGCACCACAACCGCAUCAAGAGUUGGAAAGACCUCCUGCCAAAAGACAGAAGUCGAAGCGGACACAUGCCAGUCGACUAGAGACUAGCAACAGUGGCACUUCUACCCCGACCAGUGCUACUGAAGGCAAGGCCAACAAGAGGAGGAAGCUCAUCUCCGCCCCCAUCGAGGAUAAGGUGGUUGCUCAAACUGCUGAGGGUCAACGAGUGACGCUGCCACGAGAUGAGGAGGACGAGCUGAGCAACAAAGAAUUCGCUCAACAGCUCGCCAAAGCCCAGGCUGGGACGAACCUGCAGCCUGUCGCAUCGCAGGGGGUGAACAAGAAAGAGAGACGAGCGGCUGCGAAGUCAGCCCACGGGAAGCAAAAUGGCCUCGAGGCUUCAGGGCUUUCCACCGAAACGUCUUCAACCACCGGUCGCGAUGCAGACGAUGACCUCUCCCCGAUCGGAUCUCCCUCUACUGGUCCUGUGUCGACCGCGCCCACCUCCCGCGCUGGCGACGUGUCGGACAUGCUAGAGGCCCCUGCGGCCAAGCCUGGAGUUUUGAGACUCACAGAUGUCAAGAAUGACGGUCCCAAGACAGCAGCGGGCUCCUCCAAAACCGCUUUCCAGCCUGCCUUGACCAAAAAGCAAAGACAACGACAAGCAAAGGCUGCCGAGCAGAAGGCUUUGAGAGAGGAGUCGGACCGCAUGCACGAGCAGAAGAAACAAGCACAGUUGCGGGCUGCCAGAAUUGCCGAAGGAAGCUCGAACCAGACCAAAGCGAAUUCAUUCACUGCGAAGCAAAAUGCGUGGCAGACUGGAAAGCCAGCUUCGGAGAAGUUACCCCAGACCACUGAAGUCGCGCCUCUUCUCGACACUUUUAACAAACCAGACAUACCAACAGUUACUGUGAAUGGGUCUGUCACUUCAGAACCGCUUUCCAAUGUAACCAACGCUGUUCCCGAGACAGCAAAUGUCUCCGCAGUCAAAGAAGAUGUUGGCAAAGGCAAGACUCACGCUCUCGGAGCAUCAGACCGCGAGAAAGCCGCCAGACCUGUCCUAGGGAGCCGGCCAAGUUGGGCUGACGAAGUCAACCAGGAGGAGCAAGACAAAUGGGCAAAAGAGCUUGUACAAGACGAGAAAUGGGAGUCGGUGACCAGCAAGAAAGGCAAGAAAAAGGCCAAAAAGGAUAUAAAUGAUACAAGCAGUGAGGCCAGUUCUUCGGUUGCCAGAACCGUGGCAGCCAGCCACCCUGUCAUCAACGGCACUCAAACGAAUGGAAUCAAACCUCGCGUGGAGAACCUGAACCGAUUUCAGUCCAUUGAGCCGGCGACAGAUCCGACGUUCAGAGACGCUGAAUGGGAGGCUUGA